CAGGUUCGUUUUCGCUUGCCGACCCAGCCCUCGCGAGGUGUGGCUGCAUAGAUAAGCUGCCUUUUCACACGCGCUUGCCUUUCCCAAACCCAAAGUUGCCCAUCACAGAACGCGGCAACUGAUGCCUGUGCGAAGCUUGGAUUCAUCGGGUUCAAAUUUUCAAAGAGCUCCUUCCCAGAAAAGCCUCGCGGAUGUUGCGAGAUCGCGGCGAGCAUUUUUGGCUUGACGUAUUGAGCCAUGUCGCGCACUAGCAGUUACGCAUUGCAUCCCCCCCCUCCUGGGCAAUGCGAGAAAAAGGAGGAGUGAUUAAGGGACCAACUGGUGGUUGUUGGUUCAAGGUUUCAAUGGCCCGGUGGUACCAGCCCGCCGUCAUAAUAGGGUUAUCGCGCUUUCUAGCCCCCAGAGAAGCCUCCCCGACUUGUUGUGAACCUGGCUUUUGCUCCGAGACUCAGAAGCGCCGUCCGGCACUGCGUAAUUCAGAAUGAAACCCCGACUCGGCGUCCCGUCGGAUCUCGAGGCGGUUACCAGUGCCGUUAUCAGGACGAUGCCUCUCGACCCGCAGUGGGAUUACCGCUUCCCUUAUCGCCACCAGUAUCCUGCAGACCAUUACAAGUUCACAAGAAUGUUGUUUGAAUAUUUUCUCGACCCAUCAUUUGACGACUGGUUGGUCAUGGUGGCUGAGGACAGCCUCGCGCCGGGGGACAGCAUUUCGGUUGUCUCAUUCGGUGUUUUUGACAUUUCUUAUGUCAAUAAGAGACGACAUGGGCCUGGCUACAAGCCUCAAGAUCCUGUCACCGAGGUUGAGAAUCGGGGAGGCAAGACUCGCCGUGACGCCAACCAUAAGCACUUCAACGAGUUCUGGAAGGGCCAGAUCCGGGCCUAUAAGAAAUAUUUUGCCCCAUUAGGUCCCGAACAGAUGCAUCUCCAGAUACUCGGUACCUUGCCCGAAUUUCAGAGGCGCGGCCACGCUUCAUCUAUCUGUAGAUGGGCCAUGGACCAUGUGCUCAGAAAGUCUCUCAAAGACAUGUCAGUCAUGGCCAGUCCUAUGGGCUACAAUUUGUAUACGGUAUUGGGCUUUGAAAGGGUCGGGACGUUUUACAUCCAGGUUCCCGGCGAAGACGAGAGGCUAGUACUACAGGCCAUGAUGUACAAGCCCAAGAUCUGGGAGACAAAGACAACGGAAGACGGAGAUGGCGCAUGCGUGAUGUUGUGAGUGGUGCCAAGUCAAGGAGAAGGUCGGUGAAUUGGAGCAGCGGAGUUUGACUAACGGUUUGACUCCGGAACCAGAAGGCACUCCUGAGGAAGCGAGGAAUUCAAGAAGAGGGAUCACUUUGGUACUAGAGAAUGAGGAAUCUUUGAAAAUUGAGUUCAUGGUCAGGACUGAUAUGGCGAGCUAGGGUACCUAACAUCACUGA